CAAGGCACUACAACACAGAAGCAGAGACGGAUGCGGAAGAACAGGUACUCUUGGGUGUCUCAUACAUACAUACAUAUAUAAACAACACACAAUUUUAGAGGAACAUAUAUAAACAACACAAACAAUAUUAGAGGAGUAGUAGGGGAGAGAGAGAGAGAGAGAGAGAGAGAAGAGAGAGAUGGCAGAGAAGAUGGGAAAAAGAGGUGCGAAGGCCGGGGAGAAGUCCCAGUUCUCAAUCACCUGCAGCCUCUUGAAUCAGUACUUGAAGAAGAAGGGCAGCUUGGGUACCAUUGGCCUUGACAUGUCCCCAUGGCCUCUUGGCCACCAACUUACAGAGAAGCACCGGGCUCCCACCACCUUGAGUUUGCUACCUGGAGUUAGUGUGUUCGCUGAAGACCAUACCGACCAUGGCGCAGACCAACAUGCUCCAAAACCUGCUGUUCCUCCGGUCACGGAGGAAUCUGCAAGCAACAAGGAGAUGGAGAAGGCCCAGCUGACGAUCUUUUACGGCGGAAAGGUGCUUGUUUUCGAUCAUUUCCCAGAAGACAAGGCCAAAGAUCUGGAACAGAUGGCAGGCAAAGAGACCUGCACUGCAGCUCCAAAUCUCGUGCUCUUCUCGUCGACCUCCGGUAGUCAGCUACCGGCGCUGCACGGCCUGCCAAAGCCCGCCCAGGAUAUGCCCAUAGCCAGAAGGAACUCUCUUCAUCGGUUCCUGGAGAAGAGGAAGGAUCGGAUCAACACCGAGGCACCAUAUCAAGUCCAUGGAGUCCUCCCAGCAUUGCCGGAUGUGGCGAAGCAAGGAGGAAGCCGUUCCUGGCUCGGCUUGGGGCGACGAGCUCCGAAGCAAGAACACAGUUCUGAGAGCAGCAGAUAGCUCGAGAAGCAACAGGAGGGCCAGGAAGAUAUUGUUCGAGGAAGAAAAUUUAUCUGUUAUUUUGCAGGGAUUAAACAUGUCUUUAAGGUUCAUUGAUGCUAAUUUAAUAUUGGUUGUGCAUUGCAAGC